CUUGUCGGAGGGACGGUUGUUGAUUUUCAGAAGAGGAUGGAGUUUGUCUUGGUCCUACUUGUUUUAUUAUUGUCGUCGUAUUGUGAAUUCACCGAUGCUGAGUGCCUGGAAAUCAGUCCGGCCAGGGUGGUGGUGAAGCAUGGAGACCCAGCCUCCGCUAACUGCACCCCAGAGAGACCUCAGCCUAUGGGCUGGGAGGCAACCGAAGGAGGGUUGUCUUUGUCAGACACAGAACUGCCGUUCAUGCUGUGGACGGUAAAUAGGUUGACUGAAUGGUUGAUAAAGCCGGUCUGUUUUACAGACGGAGGGAAGUGUCAGAAAACACUGAACAUCACAGUUUACAAGCUUCCAACCAAAGUGUCCAUGUCAGGUCUUCCAGAUCAGAUGUUUGAGGGGAGGCAGUAUGAGUUUAAGUGUCACGUCCAGGAGGUUGCUCCUGUUAACAGCCUCUAUGUGUCCUUCUACAAAGCAUCUACCUAUUUAAUCAAAACUGAGAUAGGAUCACAUCCACCCCAAAUAAUGAAUACCACCAAAGAACCUACCAGUGGAGAAUAUACCCUGCAGUUCACCCCCAGUAGAGGUGACCAUGAGGCCCAGUUGUGGUGUUCAGCUCGGUUGGAACUGGGAGAAGAGGGACCGCAACCUUCUCCUAAAAAAGAGUCAGAACACCUCACCCUCAACGUGCUCUACAAGCCCAACAUCUCUGUGACUCCAGAAGGAUCGUCAGAGAUCAAAGAGGGUGACAACUUAUCUCUCCGCUGCCAAGCAGAAGGUAACCCCACCCCCUCGUACCGGUGGGUGGUCCCCCAAGCAGGCCCCACCUCCAUCACCAGAGCAGAGGGAUCUGUAGUGAACGUCACCCACAUAGCUAGGUCUCAGGCUGGAAAUUACACCUGCAUCGCCACCAAUGAGGUGGGGAACAGCACCUGGACUGUUGACGUGAAGGUGACAGAGCUUCCAACCAAAGUGUCCAUGUCAGGUCUUCCAGAUCAGAUGGUUGAGGGGAGGCAGUAUGAGUUUAAGUGUCACGUCCAGGAGGUUGCUCCUGUUAACAGCCUCUAUGUGUCCUUCUACAAAGCAUCUGCCAAUUUAAUCAAAACUGAGAUAGGAUCACAUCCACCCCAAAUAAUGAAUACCACCAAAGAACCUACCAGUGGAGAAUAUACCCUGCAGUUCACCCCCAGUAGAGGUGACCAUGGGGCUCAGUUAUGGUGUUCAGCUCGGUUGGAACUGGGAAAAAGGGGACCACAACCUUCAUCUAAAAAAGAGUCAGAACACCUCACUCUCAAAGUGCUCUACAAGCCCAACAUCUCUGUGACUCCAGAAGGAUCGUCAGAGAUCAAAGAGGGUGACAACUUAUCUCUCCGCUGCCAAGCAGAAGGUAACCCCACCCCCUCGUACCGGUGGGUGGUCCCCCAAGCAGGCCCCACCUCCAUCACCAGAGCAGAGGGAUCUGUAGUGAACGUCACCCACAUAGCUAGGUCUCAGGCUGGAAAUUACACCUGCAUCGCCACCAAUGAGGUGGGGAACAGCACCUGGACUGUUGACGUGAAGGUGACAGUGACCUACCUGCAUAUCAUAGUGGGCCUGGUUUUUGCAGGUGUGGUGAUCCUGACAAUGUUUUUCGGAUCCUUCUACCUCUACAACUACAAACACAACCGCACAGGCAGCUACCAGUUAAAAAACAUGUUGCCACGACAGCGACAGAAGAAACCUUUUGAGCCCUAAACGGGCCACUGUGUAGAGGAGGCGGGGCCUCAAGGAAAAAACGCAUUCAAGUUGGAGCCGACUCAAAGUUAGUCAGUUCAUGAAAUAAAUUGAAGUACACUUAUAUUUAAUUCAAUUUUCACUUACAAUUGAACCCAAGCCUUAAAAACACCAUGCUGACUAACAGCCUUAAAAAAAUCUGUAUGAUCAAGUAUGGCCUUCCACCACCCCACGAACUUCUCAGCUGCUCUGGGAGAGUCAAAGAUUGAGAAGUGUCCUCUGGUGCACAUUUCACCAAGGCGGUGUGCUUCAUAUCACAAAGCUCACUCAAGGGUGAAAAAUGCCUUCAUCCCUGGGCCCCAAUUCCCCACGCUGGACUUCCUCCCGAGCCAGCGGUCGUGUUCGAGAGGAUCAAAACCAAACUGUGUUAUGGGUAAAUUGUGACAGACUGACUAAUCUGAAGUAAUACUAUUAUUAAUGAUGUACAGGGCCCAUGGCCUCACAUGGGCAUCAAGAUAUCGAUAUGUGGGUGAGUGAACUUUCUUGGAAACCUUGCACAAUAACUAUGUUUUUAUUGUAAACAUGUUGUCAUGUCCUCUUCUGUUUAGUUAAUCUGGCUUUUUGAAACUUUUUGCAAAUCCCCCGCAAUGUUUACAAGGCGCUAACCAAUCACAGGAUUUUAGGGUGUCUGUCCAUUAAUCAAAAGCAAAUUUUUUUUGUACACUAGAGUUAUUAACCUAAACAAUUCUAGUGGCUGUGAUGUGUUUUCCUGAGCUUUAUGACAUGCCACAAUUAACAAGGAGUUUCUCCAGUUUUCCAUUCAUAUGAAAUAGAACUGUGAUGGGGAGAUAAUUAACUAACUAAUUAAUCAGGACAUGUUCUAAACAUCCGAGUGGACCAUGUUCUCCACCGCCAUUGUCGAAGCGGCCGCUCGGAGCUGUGGCCGUA